AUGGAUUGUUUUUCCUCGCCGUGCAUGGGUCAAAGUACCGGAGCAGUGAAUCAAUACAUUUCACUUCUCUUCAAUUAUCUCACCAUUUCACAAUGUUCUCUUUCGUCUCCGGAAACGUGGCCCAGAGAUUAUGGAGAUAUUGCGAUUAGAAAAGGUUUUGAGGAAUAUGACUUCAUUAUCGUUGGCGCGGGAUCUGCUGGUUGUGUUCUUGCCAAUCGUCUCAGUGAAAAUCCACGAUGGAAAAUCCUCUUGUUGGAAGCAGGAGGAGAUCCUCCGAUCGAGUCAGCGAUAAUUGGACUAUCAGUGUCUCUAACAAAGACACAAUAUGACUGGGAGUAUUAUACGGAACUACCGCAGAAACCAGGAUUUACUAGAGUAAAUUUUGGCUAUUGGCCAAGAGGAAAGAUGUUGGGAGGAUCGAGUUCGAUGAACGGAAUGCUUUAUGUGAGGGGAAACGAAAACGAUUACGAUAACUGGGAAGCACUCGGAAAUCCAACGUGGGGAUUCGCAAACGUCUUGGAAUACUUCAAGAAAUCCGAGCAAAAUCACAAUCCGGAAAUCGCUGACGCUUUCGGAGGAUAUUAUCACUCAAAGGAUGGUUUAUUAUCCGUCGAGCUAUUCAAGAAUAACGACACAUUUAAUCAAGACUUCAUUGAAUCAGCACAAGAAAUGGGAUUCAAAUUCAUCUUAGACAUUAAUGCAAAUGAACAUAUUGGAUUCACAUUCUCGCAAGGAACCAUCAGAUCAGGAGUUCGAGAAAGCACAGCCGCAGCCUUCUUGCGUCCUGCCAUGAAUCGUCCCAAUUUGCACAUCGUCAAACACGCGCACGUCACGAAACUCGAGAUUGAAAAUAGAGGAAAAGUUUCAGGUGUGUCAAUGGUACUCCGAGGAAAGAAAAAACUAAAGGCUUUUGCGAAGAAGGAAGUGAUCUUAAGUGCCGGAGCCAUUAAUUCGCCACAAAUUCUAAUGCUUUCUGGGAUCGGACCUGCUUCUCAUCUUCAAGAAAUGGGAAUUCCAGUCAUUCAAAGUCUUCAAGUUGGAAAGAACUUGCAAGAUCAUACCAUAGUGCCGUUAAUAGUGAAGCUCGAUGAAUCCAAGGCAACUUCUCUUAAUAGUGCUGAAGCACUGGAAAGUUUUGCUGAGUAUUUAAUACGUCACACCGGAACUUUGGCCACAACAGGAACGAUUCAAACAAUUGGAUAUGUCAAUGUUCAUGAUCCUUUGUCCAGGUUUCCUGAUUUUCAAUUCUAUCAACUGUUAUUUCACAAAGGUUUUACUCAAGAAAUAUCACGAAUUAUUGCUGAUGAAGCAAAGACAUCACAUGUCCUUAUAAUGUCUCCAUCGAUGUUGAAAGAAAAAUCACGGGGUGAAAUUCUGCUGCGAAGUGCCGAACCGACAGAGAAACCAAGAAUUUUUGCUAACUACUUUUCUGAAGACUCUGACGUUAAAGCUUUUGUUAAGGCAAUUCGUCUCUAUCUCAAAUUUCUUAAGACAAACACAUUUAAAAACCACGAAGCUGAACUUUUCAUCAUUCCACUUCCCGAAUGUGAUUUAUUGACUUUUAACAGUGACGAAUAUUGGGAAUGUUAUUGUCGUGUCAUAGUAACGACAGUCUUUCACCCAGUUGGGACAGUAAAAAUGGGUCCUGACUCUGAUCCUGACGCCGUUGUUGAUCACACACUAAGAGUUAAAGGCACUACAGGACUGAGAGUAAUUGAUGCCAGCAUAAUGCCAAUAAUUCCUAGUGCAAAUACAAAUGCGCCAACAAUUAUGAUCGGGGAAAAAGGUGCAGAUUUCAUCAAAGAAGAUUGGUAA